AACAUAUACUGCGUGUUCCUUUGUCAUUGUCAAAGCAGUAAUUACCGAAGAAAAUAUGACACAUGGAUUGACUGACUGGACGAAACCUGGCCCCAACAACAUCACCAGUGCACGUGUCUACUUGAUGGAAACAUCAUGAAAAAUACAGCUAGAGGAAAGGAGAUGGGAACAUACUAGAGGAAGGAAGGGGUACAGAACAAACUAGCUAGUCUUCCAGACGCCCACAUGAAUCCCCAGAUUGCAGCGGGUAUCAUGGAGUACAGGGUAGCGAUGAAUAAAAAUUGCCUCCUCCUUUUCCUGCUACAGAUAUUCGCAUGCAAUGCCGUCUCUCCUCGAUUUGAAGCCGAAGCCGAAGCGCUUCUUAAAUGGAAGUCCACGUUGCUGUUCUCUGACGCCAACGGCUCUUCUCCACUUGCAUCAUGGUCACCCUCCUCCACCUGCUGCUCUUGGUCCGGCAUCAAGUGCAACUCAAUAGGCCAUGUCGCCGAGCUCACCAUUCCCAGCGCCGGGAUUGUUGCCGGCACGAUCGCCGCCACCUUUGAUUUCGCCAUGUUCCCAGCCCUCACAAGCCUCAACCUCAGCAGGAACCACCUCGCCGGUGCAAUCCCCGCCGACGUCUCCCUCUUGAGAUCUCUCACCUCGCUUGACUUAUCGGACAGCAACCUCACAGGUGGCAUACCCGUAGCUCUUGGGACGUUGCACGGCUUGCAACGUCUCGUUCUUCGCAGCAACUCGCUCAGUGGGGAGAUCCCGACAGAGCUGGGAGACCUGAGAGAUCUCCACUUGUUGGACCUGUCAAGGAACAACCUCUCUGGCGGAUUACCACCGUCUUUUUCAGGGAUGAGCAAGAUGAGGGAGUUCUACUUGUCAAGAAACAAGCUCUCGGCUAGGAUUCCACCGGACUUGUUCACUAAUUGGCCUGAGGUAACUCUGUUCUAUCUACACUAUAAUUCGUUCACCGGAAGCAUACCACUGGAGAUCGGCAACGCAACUAAGCUGCAGCUCUUGUCGCUUCACACCAACAACCUUACCGGCGUAAUUCCGGUGACGAUCGGCAGCUUGGUGGGGCUUGAGAUGCUUGAUCUUGCAAGGAAUUUACUAUCUGGACAGAUUCCUCCUUCCGUUGGAAACUUGAAGCAGCUUGUUGUCAUGGAUUUGUCCUUCAACAACCUCACUGGCAUAGUGCCACCUGAAAUUGGUACUAUGUCGGCACUGCAAAGUCUUUCCCUCGACGAUAACCAGUUGGAGGGUGAGUUACACCCAACGAUUUCAUCACUCAAAGACCUGUACAACGUUGACUUCAGUAAUAACAAGUUCACCGGCACGAUCCCUGAAAUUGGCAGCACAAAAUUGCUCUUUGUUGCCUUUGGCAACAAUAAUUUCUUGGGAAGCUUCCCUCUGGUAUUUUGCAGAAUGACUUUGCUGCAAAUUUUGGACCUAUCUAGCAACCAAUUGUCUGGUGAGCUCCCUAGUUGCCUGUGGGACUUGCAGGAUCUAUUGUUCAUUGAUUUGUCAAACAAUGCUCUCUCCGGGGAUGUUCCGUCAACGGGAUCCACUAAUUUAUCGUUGCAAUCAUUGCAUUUGGCAAAUAACAAAUUCACAGGUGGGUUCCCAGUAACACUAAAGAACUGCAACAAGCUUAUUGUCCUAGAUCUUGGUGGCAAUUAUUUUUCCGGCCAAAUCCCAUCAUGGAUAGGCUCAAGCUUUCCUCUGCUACGGUUUCUCCGACUGCGGUUGAACUUGUUAAGUGGUAGUAUUCCUUGGCAGUUAUCACAGCUCUCCCAUCUCCAACUAUUGGACCUGGCCAGCAACAAUCUCUCAGGUACCGUAGAGGGUUUGCUUUUCAAUUUAACAUCCAUGAUGACACCACUGUCAGAAUUCAACAUGGAUUCAUCAGUCCACCAUCAGGUUCUAAAUCUAGACGGUUACCUUACAUAUGCUGACCGAAUUGAAGUGAACUGGAAGACGAGGAGUUACAGCUUUCAAGGAGCCAUUGCACUUAUGAUAGGUAUCGACUUAUCGGGGAAUUCAUUUUCCGGCGAGAUCCCAACGGAGCUAACAAAUCUCCAAGGCCUCCGGCUUCUAAAUCUGUCAAGAAAUCAUCUAUCAGGCAGUAUUCCAGAAAACAUUGGCAAUUUGGAACUUCUAGAAUCCCUUGACUGCUCCUGGAAUGAAUUAUCAGGUGCUAUUCCUUCAAGCCUCUCGAAGCUGGCGUCACUUAGCUCGCUCAAUCUGUCUCACAAUCUUCUCUCUGGUGAGGUACCUACUGGUAAUCAACUCCAGUCACUUGAUGACCCUUCAAUAUACACCAGCAACUCCGGGCUUUGUGGCUUCCCCUUGAGCAUCUCAUGUCCCAAUGGUUCAGGUACUACCCAACCAUUGGAAAAGAGCAAAGAACAUGACCUGGAAUUUGAUGUCUACUACUCAACGAUUGCUGGACUUAUCUUUGGCUUCUUGGUGUGGUCUGGAUCUCUAAUUGUCUUAGAUCCAUGUAGAACAUGCAUUUUCUGCUUUGUUGACCGGACUCAAGAUAAGGUUAUGAAAAGAUGCAGAGUACAGCAUUAAUGUGUGUGUAUCCAUUGUACUUGAGUGUUCAUAUCUUGCAAUGUACAGUAAGUGUGUAACUCUUUGUACUCUGGGAAAGUCCUAGCUAAGCUGCAGCUGAUGUA